AUGGUCCUUUCUCCCCAGAAGAGUGGUAACCACUUUCUAGAGGAAACCCAGUUACAAAAGUGUCUCUUUUUUGUUUCAGUUGUUACAGGACAGAACAUAGAGAUAACCCAACUUCCGGAAACCGUAUCGGUGAAAGCUGGAGAGGACUUUACUCUAAGGUGUACAUUGACUGGAGGAAAUAUACCCGGAGGCGUGCGGUGGCACAAAAGGCUGGACAGAAAUAAGACCCCCAUUUACAGCGAUAAACAAGGAUCUUCCAACAGGGGGGUCAGGGUCAUCCCAGGAUCCAACACGGACUUCAGCAUCAACAUCCGAAACGUCCGUCCUGAAGAUGCCGGGACCUACUAUUGUGUGAAGUUCAGGGCAGGGAACCCAGAGAGAGAGCUGGCUUCAGGGAAAGGCACUCUGGUCUCCGUGAUCGCCAAGCCAUCCCAGCCCUUGAUUCGUGGCCCCACAAGAAGAAUCACGGUGGGGUCUCUGGCCUCCUUCGACUGCUCCUCAGAUGGAUUCUCCCCCCCAGAGAUCACAGUCAACUGGUUGAAGGAUGGGAAAGAGAAACAGGUUGACCAGAUCAGCAACCUGGACUCUGAUGGAACAGAGAGCAUGUCAUACAAAGCGGAGAGCAGGUUGAUAAUCCCGCUGGAGCAAGGAGACGUGAAAUCUCAGCUGACCUGCCAGAUCCAACACAGAUCGUUGGACAGUCCUCUCCAGCAGACCUUCGCACUUCGUGAUGUCAUAAGCGUUCCUCCCAAGGUGCAUCUUGAGAUCAACCCACCUUCUCCCAUCCAGCUGAACUCCUCAGUGACGGUCACUUGCAACGCAGAAAGCUUUUACCCAGAUGGUGCAACAAUGGAGUUGUUUCCCAAGGAUGCCCUAAGCAGAAAAGGAAUGGUUGCACCGAGUAUCUUGAAUCCCGAUGGGACCUUUUCCCUCGAAAGCAACCUAGAGAUGAUGGCCACUGAAGACAAGAACUCCUCCAUGUUCCUUUGCCAGGUCCAGCAUGAUUCCCAGCCUCUGGUCAACGAAACCACCACACUCUGCAUUACACAGGAACUUGAAAGAAAGAUGGCAGAAUCAGGAACCCAGACAGAGUCAGAGAAAAGAAUGGCCACCAGAGCCUACACCAAGCAGAUGAAAGAACUGCAGGCUCUCGAAGGUGCCACAGCAAGAAUCGCCACAACCGAAGAUGAUGAAGACCACAACCCAAGUCCACUACUCAGAGACGAAGGGCCAAGAGAAGAAAUCCACUACUGCGAAAGGGCAGAGCCACCGAGCAAUGAAGAGUUCCAAUCCACCAUCCUGGAAAUGAUGGAUGAGACUGCCAGAAAAGAAGAGCUCAUCGCGAAACUCCAUAGCCUACUCGAAAGCAAUAGAGCAGCGAUGAGCAUCCAGGAACAAAGAAAAGAAAUCCCCAGCCCGGCAAGGGAAGGUAUCCCCAACCUGAAGCUCCGGACAUGGAGGAUUUCAUUUCCGCGCCAUGCUCUCGGCGGCCAUCUUGGAAUGGCCAACAGCCAAUGGGAAGCCGAGAUUCAAACCGAAUGGCGCGAAACAAUGGGAACCCAAACUUCGGUGAGGAAGAACCCGAAAACACCACCGAAGCAAGAUUGCAAGCCUGCGGGGGCUCGCCCAUCGAGCCCGAAGUAA